AUGAUAGGAGCUGGAACAGGCAUAAUUGCCUUUUUAAUAGACUUCAUAGUGGGAAAGUUGUCUGAAUUAAAGUUUAUGGUGGUUGAAAAAUCCAUUAAUGAGUGUUCAACAGAAGGAUGUCUGGCUAUUUCUCUUCUCUAUCUACUGGCCUUCAAUGUAGGUUUUGUCCUCAUAGCUGCCGUACUCACUGUAAUAGAGCCAAUAGCUGCAGGCUCGGGUAUCCCAGAGAUCAAGUGUUAUUUAAAUGGGAUCAAGAUGCCGAGGGUGGCCAGGAUGAAGACGCUGGUGUCCAAGGCAGUCGGAGUGCUCUUCAGUGUGGCUGGAGGUCUGUUUGUUGGCAAGGAAGGUCCUAUGAUCCACAGUGGUGCUAUACUUGGUGCUGGAAUCCCCAUGUUAAGCAGUACCACCUGUAAAUGUGUCGACUGCAGAUAUAAACACUUCAGAACUGACAGAGAUAAAAGAGAUUUUGUGUCAUCAGGAGCAGCAGCAGGUGUAGCAGCUGCAUUUGGGGCGCCCGUGGGAGGGGUGCUCUUCAGUCUGGAGGAAGGAUCCUCAUUCUGGAACCAGAGUCUCACUUGGCGAUCCUUUUUUUGUGCAAUGUCAGCUACAUACACCCUGAAUUUUUUCCGCUCUGGUGUUGACUCAAAUCAGUGGGGAUACUUCUUCCUGCCGGGACUGGUCAACUUUGGGGUUUUUAAGUGCAAGACAGGUGAUGAGAACUGCUUUCUUUGGACAACGCCAGAUCUUCUCGUGUUUCUUAUCAUGGCUGUUGUUGGUGGCCUCUUGGGGGCGCUGUUCAACCGUAUCAACCAAUCCCUGACUGAGCAGAGGAUGCAGUCUGUGCAGCAGAGAGGCAAAAAGGCCAAGAUCCUGGAAGCUCUGCUGGUGGCCAGUGUCACCACGACCUUGACCUUCAUAGCUGCCAUGACACUAGGAACGUGCAGUCAAAUUAUGAUUCCUAUCGCCACCAAUAGCACUAACAGUGGCAGUGAGGGGGUCAGGAAGUUUUUCUGCCCAGACGGAAUGUACAAUGACAUGGCCACGCUGUUCUUUAAUUCAGAGGAGAUUGCAAUCAAGCAGCUUUUUCAUCAAGAUGGACGUUUUGGCAUUUCAACUUUGGGGAUCUUCUUUAUCUUCUUUUUCUUCCUGGCGUGUUGGACGUAUGGUGUGGGAGUGCCCAGUGGUCUGUUUGUUCCCUCACUGCUGUGUGGGGCCUGCUAUGGGAGACUUGUAGCUACUGUCCUGGUAGAUUAUUUCGAAUUUGAACACUCCCACCUUGGCACCUUUGCCUUGGUGGGUGCUGCAGCUUUUCUGGGCGGAGUUGUUCGCAUGACCAUCAGUCUGACUGUUAUCAUUAUAGAAGCCACCAAUGAGAUUCAGUACAGUCUGCCCAUAAUGUUGGUGCUUAUGGUUGCCAAAUGGGUUGGGGACUUGUUCAAUGAAGGACUGUAUGACAUUCAUAUAGAACUGAAGCAUAUCCCACUGUUACACUGGGAGCCACCUACUGGCCUUGACAGAGUGGCUGCGACUUCUGUCAUGUCCACAGACCUUGUCUACAUCUACCCUCACACGCGGCUGCAGUCCAUCAUCAACAUCCUGAGAACCACGGCACACAACUGUUUCCCCGUGGUGACCCUGGACACGGCCAAGGAUGUGGCAGACAGCCAGCAGAGGACAACACUGGGGAGACAGAACCUGGAGUUUAGGGUAAGAAGCACAGUGACAAGAGAAAAGGAAUAUGAAAAACGCAUGAGUCACAGGCAUCAGCAGUUCACAAGACUUACUUUGCCGUCAUCCUUCAGCUCCCUGAGACAGAGUAGCCACGAAACUGUGACAAGAGCCCGGUCAAGCGAGGAUAGUUUUGCCCCUUUUGACUUCACUUAUGACGACACCCUGGAAGAAAUCAUAGACAAACAAAUCCCAUCCCUAAGGUUCCAUGGGAUCAUUAGAAGGGAUGAACUGGUAGCCCUGAUCAAGAAUAGGAUAUACUACUUUGAAAGUAACUUGAAUAUCAAGCAACCUUUGCUGACAUUUGAAGGAAUGCGAGAAGAUUACCCACGUUUUUCUUCCAUUUGGGACAUAAACACAGGCUACGUUACCUCAGAGAUGAUUCUGGACGUCACUCCCUACAUGAACCGCUGCCCCUACACUGUCUCCACCUAUUGUACUGUGCCUCAGGUGUUCAGUCUCUUCCGUAGCAUGGGUCUGAGACACUUGCCAGUGUUGAAUGACAUGGGACAGAUUGUCGGCAUAAUCACAAGACAUGACCUUACCCAUCAUGCACUGCAGGAACACAUUGUCGACCACUCAGCUAAAAAUGACAUGGUCCCUGAUGAAAUGACCAAUGGGAGCGUAUUGACUCGCGAUGAGAGUAGCUAUGCAUCAACAGCAGGCAACCCUCGCCCCACCAGAUCUCCCAGUUGGCAGAAAAGCAGCAUACAGAAGAGUUACGCCACAUGACAUUUCUUAACGUUUCUUCUUUUCUAGUUUUGUGGAUGGUUAGUAGGUCACAGGAGUGUAGAUUCCAAUGAGGAAAAAGCCUUGUCAUGUUUUAAUGACUGUUGUUCAUUUUAUGAAUGAAAUUCCAUAGAUACAGAAUCCCAAGUGAUCAAAAUAGUCCAUCAUUUAGUGACAAAGAAAAUCCACUUUGUGGUGGAUUUUUAUUUCUUUCUUUUCUUUUUUUCUUGUUGUACAUAACAUUUAUGUACAGAUGUUGAACAGAUACAGUAGGUAUCAAGUUUAUAUUUAAGUAUAGUUAAAAAUCACUCAUUUUGAGGUCACAAGUGGAAGUUUUAUUCCAAAAAAUCUUUAAAAGAUUAUUCCAUAUUCCCAGUGAUUGUACAGAUUGUAAAGGAGUAGAGAUUAGAGAGAAAAUUCGACCAGGUUAUUUAGAGGUUUAAAGGUGCGUAGUGUCCACCAAGCAGGAGCUCGCUGAUUGUUUCAUACAUAUAUAUAUCCAGGCCCUUAGCCAGGAAUUUCAAAGGGGGUGGUCUUUUUCUGGAAAAGGGGACCUGUGUGUAACUAGAUCAUAUUUUCCCCAGUGUGGACAUUUUCCAAGUAAAAAGGGUGGUUCAUCCUAAACCC